CCCGGGAAUCACGGUACUGAAACCGCCGCAUCAGCCACACGGAGCCACUCCGACACCGUUCAGCGGAACCCAAACUCACGGCGCGAUCGGAUUACACAUCCCCGAUGAAUUGUCCUAAGGAAUCGUGCGAACACGACGCGAAAAGCUGCUGCAGAAUAACAUUUCCCCUUGAAGCGACCGAAGACAUGCGGCGUGCGCAAGAAGAAACAUCACCUGCAGAAACUACCUAGGCUACCUGAAUGAUUUCACACCACUGAGGGAUGCUUUAAGACAUGUGGCAUGCGCCUUUGAAGCUUUGCUUUGCAGGAGGACACAUAGAUCUCAAACCCAAUGGAAUGAAUCGAUCUUAUGGCUUCUGACACCUGUUUACUGCCUUUUCAUUAUUAUUUUUUAUCUAAUUCAGAAUGCAAUAUAGAUGUGCACUUAAAUAUUUCACAAAAGCGUCGUUGUUUCUCCGUUUAACUUGCAAUCAAUUUUAAGCAAAAUUCCAAAAAGUGCAAUGAACUUAAUGCAGGUUGCGACUUUAAUGCACCACUUAAGUUCUCAACUGUAGCGUGUUGCAAUCGUUCCGGAUUACCAUGGCUUUCAUGCAUUCGCUUUUCACAGCCUAAAUUUACAGGGAGUCCAUAACCGUGCACUAAUUGAUCCCGGGCAGUCUCGAUUCUCCCCGUUCUUGGAUGCUGCGCGGUCAGGGCAUGCUGAAGAGCCGCUGUUGCGUUCUCUUCAGUGACCUCAAGGUGUUUCUGCUCGGGCCACAGGCUCCUACAAACCCCAUGAGCGGACAAACGGCCAGAAUCAGCCCGUAUGCCUCGGAUAACAACAAUACCUUACGAGCCCACCGGCUCCGGCACUGGAGUACCCCGUCCACAGAGGACCCUGUCGGGCCGGAGGAGGCUGUGGACGGAUCCGGGUGGACGGGCCCCGCGGCGGAGGAGUUCCCCAAGGACCGGAGGGAUGACAGAUUCUCCUUCAUCAGCUAUGCAGAAGGAACCCCGGUGUGCAGGAUAUGCUUCCAGGGGCCGGAACAGGGUGAGCUGCUGAGCCCGUGUCGCUGCAGCGGCUCCAUUCGCAGCACUCAUCAACCGUGUCUCAUCAAGUGGAUCAGUGAAAGAGGCUCGUGGACCUGUGAACUCUGUUAUUACAAGUAUCAGGUGAUCGCCAUCAGCACCAAGAACCCGCUGCAGAAAGGCAAAGAAAAGAGAGAGCAAAGGGAGAAACAGGAGGAGAAAGUUAGUAAAGAGGUCAGGAGUCAUAAUCAACCUUCUGACACAGAACAUGGGAGGACACAACAUCUCAGAGCGCUGGACAAACACAUGGAGAGAAAGAGCUUCAAAAACAAGCUUCCAUCUCUAAUCGUCCACGAGGGCCCAUCCGUUUUCCGUAUAUUCCACCGCUGGCAGGCCGUCAAUCAGCAGUGGAAAGUUUUAAACUACGAUAAGAAGCGAGACAGUGAGGAGCUGAAGAAAAAUUCACUGCUCCACCAGAGGGAGCCGGCAGGAGCGGACGUCUCUCCUUCACCGUCUUCACUCAUGGCUGCUGCUGGGACGCCGGCACUCGACGUGACCGAUGGCACGACAAACACAAACAUCACAGCGGCCGCGCAGGACUCCUACCAGACUGACACUCUCGCUGACGGGCCAGCUUUACCGGACCAACACUGUCCCUAUAACCUCCUGCAUUUACUGAGUCAUCUACGACCGCACGAGGCACGCAGCCCAACCAGUAACAUCAGCACGAACACCACUAAACCUAGAGAAGUGGUUAUGAGAGUCACUACCGUCUGACUGGAGGCCUUAUGAUGGGACCCUUCAACUCUUUUCAGCACAGAGAAACAAUAAGCACAGUGUUGGAACUGUUGGAUUAUUUAUGACUUUUACAUGCCGACACUGAUAACAAACAAUGUGGGUUUUUAAUUGCAGAGGCUGAGAUCUUAAAAGCAGGUUGGUCCGCUGAUGAAUUUAAAGGGACAGUUCACCCAAAAAUGGACAUUGUCAUUCUUUGAUGUUCUGAACAUGUAUCAUGUCAUUUUAUUUCCUGUGGAACACAAAAGAAGAAUUUAUGAAGAAUCUUCACACAUACAACAACAACUGAUCAAUGUCAGGCUCCAAAAAAGCACC